AUGAGUAUUGAAUCUACUUUUAACAUUGAAGAAGGUGGGGAUACGUCAGUACCUGAUGCAGCUGCGGUAACCACUGAAGAUACGUCAGCAUCUGAUGCAACUGCAGUAACCACUGAAGAUACGCCAGCACUUGAUGCAGAUGCGGUAAUCACUGCAGAUAUGUCAGCACCUACUGAAGAUGCAGGAACUACUGAAGGUACGCCAGCACCUAAAUCUAGAGAAGAGGUAGCUUGGCUAAGUCUAGGCCUUGGAAGGAUGCCCGAUGAUCAGGAAUUAGACGAAGCUAUGGGAAUUACUGCAGAUACGCCAGCACCUGAUGCAGCUGCGGUAACCAUUGCAGAAGAUACGUCAUAGAUGAUACAGGAAUUACUGUAGAUACGCCAGUAUCUGCUGAAAAUGUGGAGCAGCGUGCAUACGACCCAUUUUAGAGAUCUUUAAAGGGAUUUUUGCAAGAGUUGUGAGCUUUUUUUUAAUAUAUUUUUAUAGGAGGUUUUAUUAUGAAUACUAAUUUUUUCUAUAAUAGAGGCACAUUUAAUGUAGUUUAUGACGAUGCUAAGGUUCCUCAUCUCACAGAACUUUCAGCAAAAGAGAGUGCCAAGCUUCUAGAGCAACUUAGAAAUCGAACUCUAGGUCCAGAUGAUGAGGAUGAUCCUGAGGAUCCUUAUUCAAAGAAACCCUAG